AUGAAGAACAUUGAUCCGAAUGUGGUUUUUGUAAAGAAGGAAAAAUGGGAUUACGAACAAUUGGAAGUACUCAUUACAAUCUACAUAGCCAAUUCCCUGUAAACAUAUUGAAGUACCCAAUUUUGUGACUAUUUCAACUGUUGCUUAGACCUCAAUCAAAUUGCCUACUGUUUACAUUCACAACAAUAUAGUGUACCCUGAUGAAAAUGAGUACUCGUGCGAUGAAGAAGAUUUGGAAGCUGGCAUUGACCCCAAAGUGAUGCAGCAAUUGGAUCUUAGGCGUCAUCUGAAUACUAAUCGUAAUUAUUCGAAACAAAAUUCGUUACUCAAUACAUUGGAAUAUGAUGAAACCUAUUAUAAUAAAAAAGUUGAAAGACUUUAGAGGCCACUUUUGAGAGUCUUCAUGCGUGCUCAAGAGAAUGAGUAAAUUUAUUAUAGCAAUUUUAGUUAUCGAAUGAAUGUGGCUUUUAGACCGAGCAAGGCUUAUAAGCAAAAACGGUAGAAACACAUGGAUAUACAAAGUAUUGAUGUUGCAAGGGAAAUCCUAUUGAAUGAGAACUUGAUUGCACUCAAUUUGCUGAGACAAGUAAAAUAGAGAGAGUUGCUGAAAUUGCAGUUAAUCAAAGAGGAGGAGUUUAACUUUGUAAACACAUUCAAUAAUUGCAAUGAUUUAUUUGGAAACUUAAAGGAACUGAAGUGUUUUUACAAAUCAGAAGACCUUUUGGAAUAAUAGAGAGACAACAGAAACAAGGUCUUUGAGUCCUGUUCCAACAACGAGUGUUCAUAUCAGUUUUAUUCGAUGUCCCUAUCACCAGAUCUCAUAGACUUUAUGGAUGAGUAAUAUCAACAAACUAAGGACAAGGGCGUGAUUUGGCCUAAGAAUCCCACGAUGCUAUCAAGUUGGGAUGUCGACAUAUACACCAAGUUGGGUGUUCAUCAACUGAAUAAAUCACUCAUCUACACAACCAACAAUAGAACCUUGAUGAUUGCUGAUAGAACGAAGAAGAAUAAAAAGAAGGUUAAAUUAAUGUUGGUUGAUCGGAAUAGGGCUUCGAUCUUUGAUGGAGUUAGAGCAAACUUUGAUCACUUUUAUGCUCAUUAUCAAAAGAUCAAUCAAAAACAGGAAUAAUUGAUUGAUUAAUAAAGGAAGGAGUGUCAGAAGAUUAGAUUUGAGAAAUAGAAAAAGGAACAUCAACUCAAAGUGUAAUAGAGGAAGGAAGAAUUAAGACAAUCUCUGAGAUUUAAGAUGAGGAUACUCUAAGAUUUGGAUCAUCCUAUCUGCACUAUUAAAAUCAAAUAUUCUGAUGAAUUAAAGUUUUAAUUAGUUAAAGACAUUCACUACAACACUUAAGUUAUAUUGGUGUGA